ACAGAGGCCCCUCAACCAGGGGAGCCAAGAAGGGAGGACCAGGGUGGGGAAGAGCUGGGGGGCGGCUUCUCCCCACUGACGCACAGUCCAAGGAGUAUGUCUCUUCAUGUUGCAGCUCCUUUUCAAGCCUCCCUCUGCCCAGCUGGUACUGGCUGGUUCAGAUUCUGGCGGAGUCCUGCAGGAAAGCGUGAGGAAGGGUUUGGUGGCCCAGGAGAUGCCUGUGGUCCCUGGGGUGGUCACAGAACGUGAGAACUACACUGGCUGGAGCUCUCCAGUCCCCCUAGGCCCAGUCCUGUGGGUCAGAGCAGGCAAGGAAGCUCAGAGGGAGCCCCAUACUGGGGAGGGGGUAAGUUCACUCCACAUACCCCCCCCACCUUUGCUAGCAGGAGUGGUCUGGGGGCAGUUGUGGCCAGUGCUGGCUGCAGCUUCCAAGUUUCCAGAGGUAGGGUGGGUAGGCCUCUAGUGCUCUAACUAACCCCCCACCCCCGCUUUAAGCUUCUGCAAACCCGGGGGAAGGGGGAGAGGGUCCAGGCUGGGGAGGUGGGCUCUGCCCCCUCCCAGUUCCCACGCGUCUGGGGAGGCCACGCCAGCCAAGAACACCCCUGAGUCCCGCACGCACGCGCGCGCGCGCGCGCGCACACACACACACGCACACACACAUAUGCACGCGAGGGCGGAGGGAGCAUUGCAGGGAGGGGUGUGGCCAUGGGUAGUUGGGACGCCGUGACACCGCCGGGAGGUUUCCGGGCCAAUUCUGCGAGGAGAGGAGUGAGCGGGGCCGGUACCCGCGUGGGUGCGCCUGGGUACCAGGAGCGGUCCCCCGGCGCCCUCUGGCGGGCGGAAGCCGCGCCGCACCUGGGGGAGAACGGGACGCGGGACGGCGACAACACCGCCCCCCAGGGCCCUUGGGUGGGCCCUGGCUUCCCCCACCCGCCCCCCCGGGGGGCCGCGACGCCCGGACAGAGGCCGUUGGUCCGGCGGCGGGACUCCGCCCCCGCGCCUACGCGCGCCUAGGCUCGGCCCUGCCCUCCGCAGCAGCUUUCCGGUGGCUCCGCCCGCGGCCCAAUUUCCAGGCGACUGUUUCCCAGCGACCGCACGGGUGGGGCGGUCUCGUCCCAACCCCCCCAACCCCCGUCAGCGCCGGCGAGGCCCCGCCUCUGGUUCGGGUGCGGGAGCGGGGCCUGCCUGUGGCUGCGACGCCGCGGGCGGCUCGGGGCGGGUCGGCAGAGGCAGAGGCAUGGCACGCACGGCCUCCGGGGUCGGCGGCACCCCGGGUGGGCGACGUCCCUUCUCCGGGCCUCAGUUCCCGCGUCCGUAAAACGGGGGCGAGAACCGGGCUUCGGGGCAGUGCCGCGCGUAAGUCCCUCCCGUAAGGCCGGCCGCUGUGGGCCUGACCGGGUCAGGGGUGCGAACGUAGUGAUGGACUCGCUGGCAGCGCCCCAGGACCGCCUGGUGGAGCAGCUGCUGUCGCCGCGGACCCAGGCCCAGAGGCGGCUCAAGGAUAUCGACAAGCAGUACGUGGGCUUCGCCACACUGCCCAAUCAGGUGCACCGGAAGUCUGUGAAGAAGGGGUUCGAUUUCACGCUCAUGGUGGCUGGUGAGUCGGGCCUGGGGAAGUCCACACUGGUCCACAGCCUCUUCCUGACCGACUUGUACAAGGACCGGAAGCUGCUCAGUGCUGAGGAGCGCAUCAGCCAGACUGUAGAGAUCCUGAAGCACACAGUGGACAUUGAGGAGAAGGGGGUGAAGCUGAAGCUCACCAUCGUAGACACGCCAGGCUUCGGGGAUGCUGUCAACAACUCGGAGUGCUGGAAGCCCAUCACGGACUACGUGGACCAGCAGUUUGAGCAGUACUUCCGCGACGAGAGCGGGCUCAACCGCAAGAACAUCCAAGACAACCGUGUGCACUGCUGCCUGUAUUUCAUCUCCCCUUUUGGGCACGGGCUGCGGCCCGUGGAUGUGGGUUUCAUGAAGGCCCUGCACGAGAAGGUGAACAUCGUGCCCCUCAUCGCCAAAGCUGACUGUCUCGUCCCCGGCGAGAUCCGGAAGCUGAAGGAGCGGAUCCGGGAGGAGAUUGACAAGUUCGGCAUCCACGUGUACCAGUUCCCCGAGUGUGACUCUGACGAGGACGAGGACUUUAAGCAGCAAGAUCGGGAACUGAAGGAGAGUGCGCCAUUCGCAGUUAUCGGCAGCAACACAGUGGUGGAGGCCAAGGGGCAGCGGGUCCGGGGGCGACUGUACCCCUGGGGGAUCGUGGAGGUGGAGAACCAGGCACAUUGCGACUUCGUGAAGCUGCGCAACAUGCUCAUCCGCACGCACAUGCAUGACCUCAAGGAUGUGACGUGCGACGUGCACUAUGAGAACUAUCGGGCACACUGCAUCCAGCAGAUGACCAGCAAACUGACCCAGGACAGCCGCAUGGAGAGCCCCAUCCCCAUCCUGCCCCUGCCUACCCCCGACGCUGAGACAGAAAAGCUCAUCAGGAUGAAGGAUGAGGAGCUAAGGCGCAUGCAGGAGAUGCUGCAGAAGAUGAAGCAGCAAAUGCAGGACCAGUGACCAGCCCCACAUUGCCGUGGAUAGACUGCCAGUUUCCAGGCUGGCCCUUCCCAUCCCUGGACCCCAACUGGCCUGGACUCAACCCUGGAAUCAUCUGGAUCUCCAACAGGCCUGGGCACAACCCCAGUCCCAGAGUGACCCAGACCAGGACUGUUCCCAACUUUUCCUGACCUGACCCAGAGACGCGGGGUCACAGCCCCCAGCCAACCCUAAUUUAUUCUCAACAUCGGUCCCUCCCCUCAUUUGUAUCUGCUUCCAAGAGGCCUGGAGAGCAGCCCCCCACAGCUGGCCCCCUUUGCCCUUGGGAGAGCAGCAGCUAGGUUGGGGCAUGACUUUUAAGAUUUACCCCUGCCCUAGAAGGUCAUGAACUCCAACUCCAGGCCCUACUCAGGCGGGUGGGUAAAACAAGGCAGAAUAGGGGAGCAGAUGCCCAGCAUACCGGACCUAUUUCCCCACCCCAGUGCCGCAGAGUGGACAUGGGAGCCCUCAUGUGCCCACUCCCUUGGGCCACCCAGCUUAUGCUGAGACCUCACUUUGUGCCAGGGUGGGCCAGGUCCUUCCUUACCUCCUCACACCCUUCCCGGGUAGCUCAGUGGGCAGGUUGGGCAACAGAAGCACUCAUGAUCCCUCCAGACCGAAGGAGGGCAGCUGGCUACAGGCAAGGAUUUCAUGGGGCUGGUGGGCUGGGACGCCGGUGAUUGCCCAUACUCCUCACCCAUGGCUGUGGCCUGGCCUGAGGGCUCCAAGAGCAGUGGGUGGUGGGCAGCCUGGCAACCCCCUAUCCCUAGACUGCCAUUCCCUGCCUGUGGCUGGAGGUUCCUUCUCCCCAGCAGCACUGUUGCCCUGAGUUCCCUAGCCCAUCCUCCCCCAACCCCCCACCCCCCACCCCCCAGCAUGAUACCUUCCCCCAAACCCCAUUCUCCAGUUUUGUUCGGUUGUGAAUGCUGCGUCCUGUCCUGGUGACAGGAGAACAAUGUUGGUGAAGUCGCAGAGGUGUCAGAGUGAUCCGUGCGCCCCUGGGAGUU